AUUCUUGUCAAAUCAAAUUGAACAAAAACAGUUGUUUUACAGCUGAACUUAUGAUCUGAUUUCAUCAUCAGUUUUUGUUUCGAGUUUUUUUCUUUCUAUUUCUAAUUUUUUCUCGUCAAUUUCAUUAAUUACAGUAUGAAAUUAAGAAAACGUGAUAAAAAUCCUAGUGCUUCUUCUGCUCCACCCGCUCCAUCCGCUACAUCAUCAACAUCUUCCUCAUCAUCCAUUGCUAGCAGUACAGCCAAACGAGCGGGAAAAAGUACCAGAGGUCGAUCAAAAGCAGCCAGAAAAAUUCUUAAGGAGAAACAUGCCCCCAAUGAAGAUGAUAAUGGUAAAUCAGUUGAUAUUGACAUCAUGGCCGAUAUAUUUCAAAAAUGUCAGCAUCUUCGCUUUCAUGAGGAAUGCAUAAGUAAAUUCCGGGUAAUUUACCAUGAAAUCAGCCAUAAAGAUUUCUGUUCCAAGCUCAGCCAUUUUAUCAGGAUUUUCCUUCGUAAUGAUCCAAAAAGUCCUUUCACUAAACAUUGUAUUCAGUUUAUUCCUAAGUUGAUCAACACAUUGGACAAUGAGAAAAAAGGAGUUGAUCUAAAAGUCGAUGAAACUGUUGACGAAUUAGGUGAAUCUAUGUUUGGUGAAGAAAUUUUCACAGAAGCAUCAAGUGGAAAGGAUUGUGUAAUUGAUUAUAUUCUAUCUGAGCUCCUGAUCAAAGAGCUUGCCUCUGUCAACACCGCUGUCCGUCAAAACUCAUGUAGCCUUAUUUUAAGGCUUCUUCAUGGAGUUAAUGACAUCCGUCGAGAUAUUUAUAAUUCACUUCAACUUGCAUUGUUGGAUCGCUUGGCUGACAGAAAUUUUCUUGUUCGCGCUCUUGCGGCCUAUACAUUGAGAAGGUUUCAAGAUACAAGCAGGCCUGAUGAUCCAGUUUUGACAGCCUAUCGUUUCCAUCUUACUAAAGACCCUGCUUUCCAAGUUAGAUUAGCAGUUCUCAUGUCCAUUGAAGCAUCUUCUGAAACUUUACAUUUCAUCAUUAAAAAAGUUCGAGAUGUUAAAGCAGUCAUUAGAAAGCAAGCAUACAUUAAACUUGCUGAACAUGUACCUUUGAAGAUGCUUUCAGUUGCACAGAGAAAUUUAGUACUCAAGGAAGGACUCAACGAUAGACAUCCUAAUGUGCGAAAAACUGUUGAAGAAAGGCUGCUUGCAGCAUGGCUCAAGCAUUGUGACGAUGAUGUUAUUCGACUUUUGGUUGAAAUCGAUGUGCUAGCAGAUUUGAAAAUUUCAAAGAAAAUCCUCUACAUAUAUGCAAAUCAGUUGAUGGAAACAGCUUGUGAUCAAUUUGGAACGAAAUUUCACUCUCUGGUUCAUCAUUUUCGACAAUCCUAUCUUGAUCAUGACAAAUUGUUGAUAGAAGAACAUUUGACUCCAGAAAAGGUCUUGAUCUGGCAAUGCCUAAAUACCUUUAUUAAAUCUAAUGAAGAUAAAUUUAUCAAAUUGGCGGAUAAAAGAUUUGUUACGACAUCAGGCAACCCAGCGGCAAAUACAUCAUUACCUAACAAUGAGAAGUUUACGGAAGCCGAGACUUUAGCCGAAGAAUGGGCAAACCAAGCAAUGGGAGAAAGCUCGAAUCAACUUAAAGAUGACUCUCAAAUUGCUGAUUACUUGUUACCUGAAUUACCUCAUAUGUGUCAAUAUUUAAGAAAAUUCGUUGAAACUGUCGAUUCUUUACCUGAAUCUACAUCUUCUGAAGAAAUCGAUGGUAAAGAGUUCGUGUACAAACAAUUGGUUUCCAUUCUUCUUUUGUUCGACGUUUGCGAUGAAGCUCAGCAAAACUAUCUAUUAGAAAUGAUUCACACCAUUAUCUUUUCACCUAAUCUUCAUAUUGUAUUCGAAGAUAGCAUUUCACCAAUCAUGAAGUUUAUCGCAAGGCGAAUUUUCAAAGAUUCAACCCACCUGCUCGAGUUUACUGCUGAAUGUACUAGUAAAGUUUACAAUUUAGCCGCAGAAGUCAGUGUCGAGGAUGCUAUACCCAAAUCGAAAACUCCUGAGCCAAGUAAUGAUACCGAAAGCAAUUAUGAUGUUGAUUAUGCACGAUUGACCAUGGAAAUAGAAGAGAUUAGAGAUAAAAUAGAGAAAGCAGAGACAGAAGUGGAGAAAGAUCAUGUGGAAACUCAAAAGAUCAAGAUGAAAUUGAUUGAAUUACAAUCAGAACGUGAGAGGUUACAAGCUAGGCGUGCUCAUCGAAUAAGUCCCAUGUCACAACAGAUCCCUCCAAGUCAAGUUCCCCUGUCACAACCUUUCAAUUUGAAUGAUCACCCUGAAACUCUACUCAAAUGUUUACAAAUUUUUGUUGGAGCCCUUGAACAUGGCAAAUUUGACUCAGCUCACACUCUUAUUUUCCAUCAUAUUGACUCAAUUGUAAUACCCGGUGUUAUUGAAAAAGAAGAACGAAUUCGUGCUCUUGCUGUCAAAGCUUUAGGACUUUCAUGCAUUCUCAGUGAUUCAUUAUUUAAGCAACACUGUAAUCUUUUAAUGCAGAUUCUCAGCAUUGAUUCUGAAACUAUUCGAAUCAUUGCCUUACAAAGCUUUUUGGAUUGUCUUUGCAAACAUGGAAUAGAACCUUUAAUUAAAAAGCCAGAAACAUCACCAAAUGUGCGAAGGUCCUCAGCAAGACUAAUCGAAGAUGACAUUGCAAAUCUUAAUAUUGAAGGAGCGGGUGCUGAUCUGGAAAGUAUUGGUGAAGCAGAAACUCAAGCUGAUUUGCAACAAUCAAUGAUGGAAGAUAAUGACGAAGAUGCUGAGGAAUUAGAAUCAGAAGCUGAUAUGACUAUCAACAGUCAGAAACGUGUUCGUCCCUUUGAAACUUUAAACAAAAACUCUGAACAAGAUAUAAUAAAUUCCCUUGUUGAAAUUUUCACCGAAAGACUUUUCAACUGUGGAAUUGAUCGGAUUGAAGAGUCAGCAAUUGAAGGUUUUGCUAAACUGAUGAUUCUUGGAGUUAUCUAUUCGCCAUCACUACUCUCUCGAUUCAUUAUAACUUGGUAUCUUCCUGAAACAAAACCCAACAUUUUGCAGUUUCUCGGUGUUUUUAUUCCAAUUUACGUUGGCUCUGAGAGUAAAUAUGUUCGAGAAGAUGAUCAUAUUAUUGUUACUGGGCAAACUUGUCUAGUUGACUGCUUCAUUGAUACAUUGGAAAUACUUUACGAAGCUAAAAAUGCUAUUCAUAAAGAACCAGAAGAGCUCCGACUGUUCCAUUUCUUACCGAAUCUCGAUGAUAGCACUCAAUAUCGUCAAAUUGACUUGAAAAAUGUUACGAGUUUCAUGUUGAAUUUGGUUAAACCUAAUCAACAUAAAAAUCUUCUAAGUAACUUGCUUUAUAAAAUGUUUUCCAUUGUCACGAGUGAAGAUCAAAUAUAUAAAUUUUAUGAAGACUUUUUAGUUGAAUAUCUUCUCAAAGCUGCCUUACGUUUAUCAUUGGAUGAUAUCGAUGAUAAUGUUUUUGGUGAACUCCGUCCAGUUAUGAUGAAAAUUAUUACAAGAAUGAAAGCUCGUGUCGAGGAUAUGCGAGCAAGCCGUCGCAAAAAGAUUGAAAAAUUUAUUCGAUCUUUUCUUGUGUUUUACAAAUCAUUGGGUCGAGGUGAACUUAAUGCAUCAAUGUCUAGGCCCUCAAGUCAGAUGGAUGAUGAAGCAGAAGCUGCUGACUAUGAUGAACUCGAUCAGAUGGAAGGAGAUUUGGAUUUAGACCCAUUAGGAUCAAUGCCUGGAUCAAAAGAUGACUCAAAAGAAAACAAUGAUGAAGCCGGAUCAGAUGGAGAGAAAGACGAAGAAAUUGCAGCAGAAGAUGACUGUAAUGACGAUGUUGACUCGUUGUCAGAUGUCUCAGAGACUUUAAGAUGGUCAGAUAUUGAUGAGCCUGAAUCUUAGUUGUUGAUGCUAAAAAAUAUGUAAAUCUAAAAAUCAGCGACUUUUUCAUUUCAAUGGUUUAUUUGUCAAAAUUAUAUGUAUCAGUCCUGCCACAAUGUUGGGCAGUGCUAAGUUAUCUUACUUAACUUCCAGUCACAAAAUCAUCAUUUUUGUUUAUUAGCCAUCAGUUUUUCUUGUAAACUUUAUCAUUCAAUUAUAUAUUUUUUCAAUCUUAUUAUGCUUUUGCAAA